AUGUCGGAGCAGCUCACUGGACUAGGUAAGAGAAGAUAUAAGAGAACAUUUGAGACAACUACUGGGGAUGUGGAGGAAGAGACAAAAUCAAAAGCUUCAGUGGAAGACAGUAAGAACGCCUCUAAUGGAAUCGAUGAGACUGAUAAAAAAGAGGACGACAUGAAUGACCUGAGGCUAUAUGCUCGACAAAGGUACCUUGGACAAAGAGAAAAGAAGAAGGUAGAGGCUCUAAGACAGGAGUUACGGUUGCUGGAGGAGGAUGUGAACAAAUAUGGUUGGGACAACCUCACUCAGAAGGAGCGUGAUGAUGUUUCACUCAAGAGAGAACUAGUUGAAUUAUUUGACAAGAAAGAGGCUGAUUUCGACGAAGGAUAUCAAUUACAGGAAGACUAUGUGGACGAGAAGGGAAAAUUUGACGUGAGUCGAAAGAGAAGAGUGCUUAAUAACCGCGAUAGUUACUUCAAAGAGAGUAAAGCAACUAGACAGCAAGCUUGGGAAGAGAAGCAAUUGCAAAAAGCAGUAAAAGAAGAUGGUACUGAUGAAAUAAUGGUACCGAACUCCGAGAAGUAUGAUUUUGUUUUCGAUAACGAUGCAGCGAUAGAUUUUACUGAGGAAGACGAUGAAAUUUUGCCUGAGAAAGAUGCUGAAUAUGAUACUCACCUUUCUGAGCGAUUAGAUGCUGAGCAAAAUCGUACCAAGUCUAUCCAAGAGAUGAGAAAACUGUUGCCUGUUUUCCAAUAUAGAGAAGAACUUUUGCAAGCUAUUAAAGAUAAUCAGAUUCUGAUCGUUGUGGGUGAAACAGGGUCUGGUAAAACUACACAGCUGCCUCAAUACCUUGUAGAAGAAGGCUACACGAAUUCUGGAAAGCUUCAGAUCGCUGUCACUCAGCCGCGUAGGGUGGCAGCGACAUCAGUAGCUGCAAGAGUGGCCGAAGAAAUGGAUGUAUGUAUUGGUAAGGAAGUUGGGUAUUCUAUUCGUUUUGAAGAUAAGACUAGUGAGAAAACAGUUUUGAAGUACAUGACUGACGGUAUGCUUCUACGAGAAAUAUUAACUGAUCCAGAACUAAAACGCUACUCCUGCAUAAUGAUAGAUGAGGCGCAUGAGCGAACUUUGGCAACUGAUAUUUUACUUGGGCUCCUGAAGGAUAUUUUAGUACAUCGAAAAGACUUGAAACUACUCAUCUCUUCUGCUACAAUGAAUGCUACAAAAUUCUCUCGCUUCUUCGGCGGCUGUCCAAUCUUCAAUGUCCCGGGAAGAAGAUACCCUGUUGAUAUUCACUACACAUUACAACCAGAGGCUAAUUAUUUGCAUGCUGCUAUCAGCACUAUCUUUCAAAUUCACACAUCACAAGAACUACCGGGAGAUGUUCUCGUUUUUCUCACAGGUCAAGAAGAGAUUGAAUCUGCCAGGGACAAAAUCGAAGAAAUUGCCAAUAAGCUGGGAUCGGGAAUUCCACAAAUGAUUAUAGCUCCCAUUUACGCCAAUUUACCACAGGAACAGCAGGAUCAGAUAUUCGUUCAGACCCCUCCAAACUGUAGAAAAAUCGUUUUAGCCACCAACAUUGCUGAAACUUCCUUAACCAUCGAUGGUAUAAAAUUCGUGAUCGAUCCCGGUUAUGUGAAAGAGAAUUCGUUUGUUCCCGCAACAGGAAUGUCCCAACUGCUCACCGUACCAUGCUCUCGAGCGUCCGUAGAUCAGAGAGCAGGUAGAGCAGGACGUGUUGGGCCAGGCAAAUGUUACAGAUUGUUUACCAAGUGGUCAUACUAUAAUGAAUUAGAAAUGAUGCCCAAACCAGAGAUAGUCAGAACGAAUUUGGCAAAUACCGUUUUGCUUCUGCUCUCACUAGGGAUAUCUGAUCUGAUUAAGUUUCCCAUGCUUGAUAAACCCAGCAUAGCGUCUCUGACUAAUUCGUUAGAAGAUUUGUACCUCAUGGGUGCCCUCAAUAGUAAAGGCAAAAUAACUAGAUUGGGCAGGAUCAUGUGUGAAUUUCCCUGUGAACCGCAAUUUGCCAAAGUCCUACACAGCGCAGCGACUCACGAGCAAUGCAAGGGCACACUAGAAGAAUGCACAGAUAUUGUCGCCAUGUUACAUGAGACUGCUUCACUCUUCGUGGGCCGUAGUAAGGACGCAAGCUCGCACAUUGUGGGAGAAGUUGAUAGCGAUCACUUGCUCUAUCUGCAAAUAUAUCAGGAAUGGAAGAACUCAAAUUAUUCAAGAGCCUGGUGCCAGGACCACAAAGUCCAAUACAAGACAUUGUGCAGGGUGAGAAACAUAAGAAAUCAAUUGUGGAAAUGUGCUGAACAGAUGGGUCUCGUUGUCAUGAAUGAAACCUAUAGGCGAAAACAAGUAGACUUCACACAAGAGAUCAAUACUAGGAUAUCCAAAAGUUUCAUCAGUGGAUUCCCGAUGAACAUAGCACAAUUGGGAACUACCGGAUACCGCACAACGGGUAAGAAAAGCAGUUCUGGGCUAAACGUUCACAUACAUCCUUCAAGUGUACUAAUUGAGCAGACCCGGGAAAAUGCCAAGAAACCUAGCAAGUAUGUGCUCUAUCAAAGACUGAUGCUCACAUCAAAAGAAUUUAUGAGAGAUUGCUUGCCGAUUUACACAGAAUCAUGGCUCAUCGAAAUGGUUCCACAAAUUUUCAAAAAACCUAACAACCAAAACUAA